AUGAAAAACCAGACAAUAACAACCUUCAUCUUGUUGGGAUUGACGGAUGACCCUCGACUUCAGAUUCCAAUUUUUAUGUUUCUAUUCCUCAGCUACGUGGUAAGUAUAACUGGAAACUUGACCAUCAUGUCACUCACUUUAGUGGACUGCCACCUUAAAACACCCAUGUACUUUUUCCUACAGAAUUUUGCCUUUUUAGAAACCGCAUUUACAUCGGCUUGUAUCCCUAGGUAUUUGUACAACAUAGCAACAGGCGACAGGACAAUUAAAUAUAAUAUUUGUAUUAUUCAAGUGUUUUUCAUUGAUGUCUUUGGAGUAACAGAAUUUUUUCUCUUGGCCACCAUGUCCUAUGACCGCUAUGUGGCCAUCUGUAAGCCCCUUCAUUACCUGACCAUCAUGAGCAGCAGAGUCUGCAGGAGGCUUGUCCUCUGCUGUUGGAUGUCUGGCUUGUUGAUCAUAAUCCCCCCACUUAUUCUGUUCCUAAAUUUGAAAUUCUGUGACUCCAAUGUCAUUGAUCAUUAUUUAUGUGAUUCAUUUCCUAUCUUGAAGAUUUCAUGCUCAGACACGUGGCUGAUAGAGCAGUUGGUUGUUGUCUGUGCUGUGCUAACCUUCAUUGUGACCCUUGUGUGUGUUAUUGUGUCUUACAUUUUCAUCAUCAAGACCAUUCUAAGAUUCCCCUCUGCACUGCAAAAGAAAAGGGCUUUUUCCACCUGUUCUUCUCACAUGAUUGUGGUUUCCAUCACCUACGGAAGCUGUAUCUUCAUCUAUAUCAAACCUUCAGCAAAGGAAUCAGCGGUCAUUAAUAAGGGUGUGACAGUGCUAAUCACAUCCAUUACUCCUAUGUUGAACCCAUUCAUAUACACUCUGAGAAACAAACAAGUGAAACAAGCCUUCAGUAAUUCCUUCAAAAAAAUUGCACUUGUCUCAAAGAAUUUGAGAAUGUUCAUGUCCAGAAAUAAAAUAUUAAGCUAA